AUGUCAGCCGUACAGCCUCGCCCCGCAUCACCCGGCGAGGAUAAUCCCAUCGUGUGCCGCCUUACCGAAACGCUCUUCGAAGUGACGGUAUCCAAGCAGAACCGUCUCAACUUUUUCUCUGACAGUGUUCAGCGCCUGAACCAAAAUCGGGAGGAGGCGGAGGUCACACUGCGCAAUCUGAAGACAUGGUCGCCGGAACUGGCCGAUUCCUUCAGAAUCCGCGACCCCGAUACGCUGAUCAACAACCCCUUUCGCCUGAUCUGCGAGAGCGAUCUCGGACACGUGCCGUUCGACAGUGAAAAUGUGUUUCGGCAGUUCAUCGCCGUGAGCUACUGUUGGCGCCACGACGACAAUGACUGGCCGGGGGACGGAUCAGUGCCCUCCGCCCCAUGGCCCUUUAGCCGGCCCUUCGUCGAUGCCAUUCUCUCCGAGCGUGGUGUACACGGCGGCGCGCCCGAGGGAGAUGCCAAUUUUCGCAGAGAAGGUAUCUGGAUAGAUCAGAUGUGCAUCCGUCAAAGUGACGAGGUCGAGAAACAGCAGUCUAUAGCCAUGAUGGACAUAAUCUACGACAGGUGUCGAAAGCUACUUAUUCUUCUUGAAGACGUGACAUUUACGCCGGAGGAGGUCAGGGUGCUUGAAAAGUACAACAAUCCUUGGCCCAAGACAAUAGAUGAAGCUAUUUGGAAACCGGAGAAGGCAGAUGUCCCACAUCUGGCUAGCCUAUGUGCCAAGGUUGAGAAUUCACGUUGGUGGUCCAGAUCAUGGUGCUGGCAUGAAAUCGAAGUCAACAAGCCCUGGAGCGACCUGCGGCACCAAUACCAUAACCAUAACGCGACAUUCGUUGUCAAAUUGGCCUCCUCAGUUGGCAACGGUUCUGCCUACAAGCUGAGAUACAUGACGCUCCAGAAUGCACGACACGCCAGCAUGAGCUCCGCUAACUACAUCCAUGGACCUGACUUUCUUCGCAAGACAAUCCGCUGGACAAUUGGCGAUAAUAAGACAUCGCCUUACCAGGACCCUCCACACAGGGGAGCCGGCACCGAGAGGUCAUCGCUCCUGGCACGUUUCUUUGUUACAUCGUAUACCGAUUGUAGUAUUGCGUCCGACAUUGUAUCAAUCUCGAUCAAUCUCUGCGGGUUAGCUCUCUACUUCGUUGGCCACUUUAGAAAUCAUGAUCGGGUGUUCUUUGUCAUGGCCACACUCGCCCUCGCAUGCGGUGAAAAGAGACCCUUAACGUGGAUGGACAACGACUAUACCAACGACUAUACUCUGCUCACUCUCGACGAGAGGGGAGGCCAUGGAAACUCGUGGUUGUCGCGUCCGACUGGGGGGCUCGACACUGGUCUUCCAAAAUUCACAGUCGGCGGUGUCCGAGGCUUGCAUAGAGUAUCGAGCCACCACAUCGAGCUAGACCUGCUGUUUUUUGAGGCGCCUGUUGAGAAAAUAACAGACGACCAAGUUAAGGCGACAUAUGAAAUCUUCCCAGACAAUCCAAUAAAGUCGCGGAAGGUUGAAUUUCAAAACCAGGGGUUCAAUCCACACAUGGACGACUCUGAAAAAGAUGACAAGUUUUGCGAUAGUUUCAGGAGGAAAGUCCUCGCCGGAGCCUGUAACAUUGGCCUGGCAGGAAUCCGUCGUUUUUGGGCUGUCCUGGAGCGCGAGGUUGUUGAACCUUCUUUCAAUAACGCGCGCUUCGUGCCGUUUGCUGGAGACGACGCACUUCGUCCAGCAGCGAAGAAGAUGGUCGACCGGCUAUCAACUUCUGACACUUGCUCCAUCCCUGCACUUCAGGAUAGAAACAGCGAUGAAGAGAUCAUGCUCUCUUUUCUGACCUUUCUCACUGACCCACGAGCCCUGUACAUGAUCACGCCAUGCCCUGGGAUAGUCCGCUGCAACGAAGGCGAAGGGGCUAUUCUUGGCUAUCCGGCAUUGCGUUUCCUAUCUGAUUAUCAUGACCAAAGCGGAUACCGACUUGCGAUUCCGACGGAUCUGGUGGACUCCCCAUCCAACGUCCCCCGGGUCUGGAUAUUGCAGCCGCUUGAGGAAGGAGAAAAAGCGAAAAGACUUGAUGCUCAUGGUGACAAUAAUGGAGUUUCCAGUUGCAAUGAUAUUGGUGUGAGCGACAGUACAGGUGCUCGAUGGAGGCUCGUUGGAAAGUGCCUACUGUUAGGCGAACCAAGUCUCGUCCUUAGUGAGACGGAUGGGAAUAUGAAAAGCCGCUUUUUGGCGCUCCGAAAGCGGCAAUGGGUCCAGGGAUAA